AUGAAUUACUCUCGGUUCAUCACCACUGUGAGUGCAGCAAGAAAAGCAUCUCCAAUAAGACUUCUGAGUGAGUAUAUGCUCGUUCUCUGGAAGGCUGAACUGAUGCAGAAGUCUCCUCCAUCUCUCAUCUCUCUGGCUGGAGGGGCACCAAACCCUAACGUUUUUCCAUUUAAGAGGGCUACUGUUGCCAUUGGACAUGGAACUGCUGUCGAGAUUGGGGAAGAUCUGAUGAAGAGAGCUCUCCAGUACUCAGCCUCAGCAGGGAUUCCAGAGCUGUUGUCUUGGCUAAAGGAUUUCCAGCGGAAUCUACAUAAUCCCCCCACAGCCAAUUAUAGUCCUGAGCAAGGACAAAUGGAAGUGUGUGUCACAACCGGCAGCCAGGAAGGCUUGUGUAAAGUGUUUGAAAUGCUCAUUAAUCCUGGUGACAACAUCCUUUUGGAUGCACCUACAUACUCUGGGACACUAGCAGCUCUGAGACCUUUGGGUUGUAACAUAAUUAAUGUUCCUAGUGACCAACAUGGCAUUAUUCCAAAAGCUCUAAAAGAAAUUCUUUCUACUUGGAGCUCAGAAGAUGUAAAAAAUCAUAGCCACCACCUCCCCAAAUUCCUGUACACUAUUCCGAAUGGCUGCAACCCAACUGGAAACUCUUUGACCACAGAGCGCAAGAAGGAGAUUUACCAGCUUGCAAGAAAAUAUGAUUUCCUCAUAAUAGAAGAUGAUCCUUACUACUUUCUUCAGUUUGAAAAGCCUUGGGCUCCAACUUUCCUCUCAAUGGAUGUGGAUGGCCGAGUUAUCAGGACUGACUCUUUCUCUAAAAUUCUCUCAUCUGGGUUAAGAAUAGGUUUUCUGACAGGUCCCAAGCCUCUUAUUGACAGAGUUAUUCUACACAUUCAGGUUUCAACAAUGCACACCAGCACUUUCACACAGAUUAUGAUAUCACAGCUGCUUCAGCAAUGGGGAGAAAAGGGUUUCUUGGAGCAUAUAGACAGAGUGGUGGAGUUCUACAGGACCCAGAGGGAUGCAAUGCUCAUUGCUGCUGACAAGUGGUUGAAAGACUUGGCAGAAUGGUACCCCCCUGCUGCUGGCAUGUUCUUAUGGAUCAAAAUUAAGGGUGUUUCCGAUACACAGCAGCUGAUCAUGGAAAAAGCUUUGCAGAAAGAAGUGUUACUGGUUCCUGGAGGAGCAUUCAAUAUUGAUAGUUCAGAGCCUAGUUCUUAUGUCAGAGCCUCCUUCUCUCUGUCUUCUCCAGGCCAGAUGGAUCUGGCCUUCAAGAGACUGGCUGACCUUAUAAAAGAAGCUUUGUGAAAAAGCUAAAUAGAGCUCUUGCAGCAAUCAAAGUCAUCUCCAGAAAAUAUUUGUUAACAUUUGGAUUUCAUCAGAACACUUUAAAAGCAAGCACAAUACAGUGGAUGUUUCCUUAGAUCGUUUCAGCUAAAAAAGCAAAAAAUGAAAGAGUGAAAAACGAUUUGCUUAAUUUUUUUUGACAGGACAUUGCAUUGCUAAAUUUAUUCCAAUUCAGAAACAUUUAAAAUACUCAAAACCAAAAUGUUCUGUUUCCUGUCAAA